AGCUCGGGCGCCCAGGUAGGAACGCGGGCGGGAGGCGCCACGACUUGGGCGGCGGGGAGGGCAGAGCGCGGUACUGCCCUGCGGGCCUGCCCUGCCGGUUCCGCGGCCUCCCGCGCGCCGCAAGGCCGAGGGCGCCCGAGCCCGGGGAGCCUCCACGCCGUGGGAGGCUUGCCUUCCCUGGAGGGGCUUCGAUCCCCCUCUCCGGACCCCCAACAGCGACCCCCGAAGCGCGACGGACGGCUUGGGACCCAGCUCUCCCUACGCCCACCCGCCGCGGAAGCCCGCCGGAGAGCGCCCUUUUGCUCUGUUCCACCCCCGGGGCGCUGCCCAGGGAACGCCAUCCCCGAGCCCUCGGGGGGGAGGGGGGGGCUCUGUCCCUCCCCGGAGCGCCCAUCCGGCCUCCAUCUAACUUUCUUUUGGGGGACUCAGCGCUCCGGUGCUCCUCCCUAAACUCCCUGCCCGAGAGCUCCUGGGUCCCUAACCCACCCCUGGGGCGCCCAGCUAACCCCCUUCUGCUCGCCCGUCCGGGUCUUGCCAGUUAACCCCGGGGGUGUUCCCACCGACUACGCCCAGCCAGCUCCCCUCCUUUGGCGGCUUAGCUGCUCCCCGCCCAUCCCGUCACGUCCCGGGCCCUCGUCCCCUGUCCCCAUGGUCCCUGAGCCGGGCCCUGCCAACCACAGCGCCCCGCCCUGGGGGUCGGGGUCGCCGCCGCCGCCAGGGGGCAGCGGCUGGGUGGCAGCCGCGCUGUGCGUGGUCAUCGCGCUCACGGCGGCGGCCAACCUGCUGCUCAUCGCGCUCAUCUGCACGCAGCCGGCGCUGCGCAACACGUCUAACUUCUUCCUGGUGUCGCUCUUCACCUCGGACCUGAUGGUGGGGCUGGUGGUGAUGCCGCCGGCCAUGCUGAACGUGCUGUACGGGCGCUGGGUGCUGGCGCGCAGCCUCUGCCUGCUCUGGGCCGCCUUCGACGUGAUGUGCUGCAGCGCCUCCAUCCUCAACCUCUGCCUCAUCAGCCUGGACCGAUACCUGCUCAUCCUGUCGCCGCUGCGCUACAAGCUGCGCAUGACGCCCUCGUGCGCCCUGGCGCUCGUCCUGGGCGCCUGGAGCCUCGCCGCCCUUGCUUCCUUCCUGCCCUUGCUGCUGGGCUGGCAUGAACUGGGCCAGUCUCGGACACCCACCCCGGGCCAGUGCCGCCUUCUGGCCAGCCUGCCUUUCGUCCUUGUGGCAUCGGGCCUCACCUUCUUCUUGCCGUCGGGUGCCAUCUGCUUCACCUACUGCAGGAUCCUGCUGGCUGCCCGAAAGCAGGCCCUGCAGGUGGCCUCUCUCACCACUGGCAUGGCCGGCCAGGCCUUGGAGACACUGCAGGUGCCCAAGACCCCACACCCAGGGGUGGAGUCUGCUGACAGCAGGCGUCUAGCCACCAAGCACAGCAGGAAGGCCUUGAAGGCCAGCCUGACACUGGGCAUCCUGCUGGGCAUGUUCUUUGUGACCUGGCUCCCCUUCUUUGUGGCCAACAUAGUCCAGGCCGUGUGUGACUGCAUCUCCCCGGGCCUCUUCGACGUCCUCACAUGGCUGGGGUACUGUAACAGCACCAUGAACCCCAUCAUCUACCCACUCUUCAUGCGGGACUUCAAGCGGGCCCUGGGCAGGUUCCUGCCCUGCCCCUACUGUCCCCGGGAGCACCGGGCCAGCCCGGCAUCCCCCUCCAUGCGGACCUCUCACAGCGGGGCCCGGCCUGGUUUGAGCUUGCAGCAGGUGCUGCCACUGCCGCUGCCUCCAGACUCCUCAGACUCAGACUCGGGUGGCUCCUCUGGCCUGCAGCUCACAGCCCAGCUGCUGCUGCCUGGAGAGGCCACCCAGGAACCCCCGCCACCCACCAGGCCUGCUGCUGUGGUCAACUUUUUCGACAUCCAUCCGGCAGAGCCCGAGCUUCGGCUGCACCCACUUGGUACCCCCACGAACUGACGAGGUUUGGAGCUGCCCAGUGGGAGCUGGACUGGAUGGGACAAACUCUCUGAGGCCCUGAGCCAACUCUUGGCUAAGGUCAGGAAACUGCAGAUGUCUUGGGAGCCUUCUGAGCUUCACAGGGUGCACUGCUCCAGGCCCCUGAACUGGAGGGAGGAGAGCUGCUUGGGCACAGCCCACUGUGGAGGUUCUGCCAUUGAGAAUGAGUCCAGGAUGCUGCUGGACUGUGGGAGCUGGGACACACGGCCUCUUGGUUCAGAUUAAGUUAAAAGCAAUCCUCGGGGCUGGGAAUUUAGCUCAGUGGUUCUGCCGCCUGCCUUGGAAGCCCAAGGUCCCGAGUUCAAUCCCCGGUACCAAACCAAACCAAACCAAACCAAACCAAACCAAAC